UCUACAUAUCACAUAAGUGCGUAACCAUUCUUUGAAUUUAAAGAGUAUGCGCACAGUUAAAAAUAAUCAAUAAACAGAAGUCGUAGUUAUGCGCACAGCCACCACGAUAGCGAAUAACAUAACUCUUCUUCUCCAAUGUUCACCCUUACCCUUACCUCAAUUGUUCCUACGCGUGCGCCAUCAUUCAUCUACCAAAUUGUUCGUCGCAGGGCUUUCGUAUAACACAAAUGAAACGGUCCUAAGAGACACAUUUGAACAACAUGGGGAAAUCAUUGAAGUUAAAGUAAUAUGUGACCACAAAACUGGGGAGUCAAAAGAGUAUGGAUUUGUUAGGUUCAAUUCUGAAACUGCAGCUGCCACGGCUCGCAAAGAAUUGCACGGAAAAAUAGUGGACGGCAGAAGAAUUCGAGUGGGUUAUGCGCACAAAGGGUGACCACCAAGUUUAUCAAACAAUUCAUAAUACUCCCAGAGCUACAACAAAUUUAAACUCUAAUUUGAUACUCUGAUUCUGUUUUAGUUUAUUAUUGUAUACGAACAUCUGGGUAAUUAUUAUACAAAAAUCAGAAACUCGUCUUUAAACUUA